UCUUGACAUAUCUCAAAAGAAAACAUUUUACAUUUACAGAAAGCGGAGCGUAAACAACAUGUCUUCGCUUCUUCAUGUAGUAGGAAGAAGCAUGUCAGCAACGAGGGUGUGGCGUCAGGUGUGCCCCAUCUUGCAGUGCCUCAGUCAACAACGGGCCACACCUCAUCUCAGUCCAUUUUCCUCAGCUAUGACAAUGCAGUGCUCCCACCGCUCGCCCAAAUUGAAUGAAGUGCAGGAGGUGAAGUGGCUUCACCCAGGCGAUGGCAGGGUAGAGGACAUGAUAGCCAUGAACAAACAUGGCACUUGGCGCCAUUGCGGAUAUUUUACCUUGCACUUGGAACAACCAUUAGAACCACAGCAGUAUCUUCAAGCUGUAACUCAUCUGCGUAAUAAGGUUCAGCUGUUGAGGACCUGUUUCCGCCUCCGUGACAAAGAGUGGUGGCUGUGUGAGAUGCCAACACCUUCCAUCGACUUCCAGGUGAGCAUCGCACACACCCUGUGUGUCACCAACACCUUCCUCUUUUACCAUCUCUUCUUCAGGAUUAUAUAUGUAUAUACAUGUUGUACCUAGUAGCCAGAACGUGGUACUCGGCCUACUAUUCAAGGCCGAGUACGACGUUCAGAUGAAAUGGGCUACAGAUGAAAUGGGCUGGACAAAGCAUAGAGAAGUUUUUUCAGGCUAGGCUGGUACAACAAGGAUAGAGAUCACCUGAUAAAGAUUGUGUUUUCAAACGAGACCACGAAGGAGGAAAUUCUAACAAGGAAGGGUUAACUGUUAAAUGUGAGAGGAAGCAAGAAAACAUUCCUCCAGAAGGGCAUGAUGAAGAAAGAAAGAGCAAUGACAACAGAUGCAAAGAAGAAGCACAAGGAGAGAGGAGAGAACCAGGAAACGACUGGCCUCAACACAACAGUCCGGGAGGGGAGUGGAGAACUCCCAACCAGCAUCCCAGUAACCCCAGAGGAGAGGACAACACCUCCACCCUCCUCCUCAUAGAAAUCCUCCUUACACUGUAUCCUCCCUGUCCCCAUUUAAAUGCUCAUUCAACUUUCCCUCCCUCCUUCCUCAUCCCUUACCCUCCCUGUUCCCCCCAUCCCCUCACCCCAUUCCCUCUCAGUCCCCUUGUUACUGUAUCAACACCGUUGCCAGAGUGGGGCGUGGUGAUUUCGGCGCCAUCUAUGAACCUGUAUUCCAACUUCCAGGCAUUGGGUGCAACACAGACAACGCUAUCUCAUGAUGGUGGCAUGGCAUUAGUGUAAAGCUCUGGUUUUCUACCUCAGUUAGAAGGUGAGGAUGAUGAUGACCUCUGGUGGGUGGCAUAUCGAGAUCAACGCCAUCUAGGUUGUGGCUACAGUUUACAAUUUCAAUUCCCCGGUGGCAGGGUGUUAUCCAAAGGUCACCCUUAGGAUAACUACUGUCAUUAGCUACUGUCUGUCUAGCUAAUGACGUUUUAUGUUCACAGAGGUGACGCAAGGAGGCGAUUGCGCUGAGGACGGCAGUUCACCUUGGACAGUCCUAAACUCUUGACUUGAUCCUGUGAGAGAACAAAAUCGCUGCUGUCGGUUAUAGCUGUGAGAUUUUUUUCUACGCCUACCUCCCUUAGCAAGUGGACCUCAAGCAUAAAGAACUGCACACUGCAGAUAUUUCUACUCUAAGCAUGAGUUCAAUAGAAAAAGGAAAAGCGGGAGCAAACCGCCAGGCUUCCACCACAAGGGUGAAAACCUGUCCACUUAGGCUGCUGGUUCAUCCGAGUUAAACAGGACGUUAAAACCAAUAAAGACUAACCGACAGGUUUUCACAAUCAAAUAUAUAUAUAUGAUGUGGUGCUAUGAAUUGGAAUUGGAAUUUCCCAAGAACAGCCGUCAUUUAAAAAAAAGAUCACAUUGCAACAAUCGUAUAAAGCAAAACAUAGGUGGAAAAGAAUGGUUGAAGGGUUGACAUCAAAGACCGUUUUCUAUAACAAAGAGACUAAAACUAUAACUAGUUUCUAUAACUAGAGACUAAACUACUACAACAUCGAGUUUAUGUUACGUUAAUGACCAUCAAGUGGCACUAUAACAACAGCUAAAUAGCAACGAAUCCGGUCCAUUGCUGUGCGGCUGCAUACUGAACUAACCUGAACACAGGUGUGCCCACUGACGACGCAAUAUUGCAAACAAAUAAUUCACAAGCUUAGUUUACACCACAGUGAGUGAUUUGUUAAGUUAAUGUCUAUCAAGUGGCACUUGCAAAACAGCUAUUCUACAGCCCCUCGCACUGCGGGCUGAUUAAAUGAACUAACUGAACAAUGAUGCCCACUGAUGACACAAGCUUGCAAUCAAUAUUGUCACGGCUUCAAGGUGAACAGAUACUAUAAUCACAAUUUCAUGGGUCCUCCAACCCUUCAGGCGAGAUACGUCACGUAACUAGGCGGGUAGUCCAACACUGACUUCCCCUAUCACAACCUAAUGUGAACACUCUUUGCAACUCCCUGCAAGAAGUUGCACUGUAAACAGUAAACAAAGCCAGGCAAGG